UGGCUUAGCCCAGGCAGCCCAGUGUUUCAGCUUGCAGUCAACAUGAAAGCUCUCCUCAUUCUGGGGCUUCUCCUCUUUUCUGUGACUGUCCAGGGAAAAGUCUAUGAAAGGUGUGAGUUGGCCAGAAUUUUAAAAAGACUUGGAAUGGAUGGCUACCAUGGAAUCAGCCUGGCAAACUGGAUGUGUUUGGCCAAAUGGGAAAGUGAUUAUAACACAAAAGCUACAAACUACAACCCUGGAGAUGAAAGCACUGAUUAUGGGAUAUUCCAGAUUAAUAGUCGGUACUGGUGUAACAAUGGUAAAACCCCAAAAGCAGUUAACGCCUGCGGAAUAUCCUGCGAAGCCUUGCUGCAAAAUGACAUCGCUGAAGCAGUGACAUGUGCAAAGAGGGUUGUCAGGGACCCACAAGGCAUUAGAGCAUGGGUGGCAUGGAGAAAUCAUUGUCAAGGUCGAGAUCUUACUCAGUAUGUUAGCGGCUGUGGAGUGUAACAGCAGAUUGUCAUUCUGCAGCUUGUUUUGCUUCUCUUACAAAUUAAGGAAGAAAUAGCUAAGUGAAAGAUCACAGUAACAUUGUUUCCCUACAAACAACAUUCAUAGAAGCAGAACAAAUUACUUUUUUCUUGAAAGCCUUAGGUUCACUGAUCUGUUCUUUACUCGCUAUUAGUCCUAUUUUUCAGUAGCUCAUAGAACUCUUGCUGGUGAAAUUUACCUAAAAUCUUGAUUCUCAAAGACAUCUCCAGUACUUUCAGUUCUUUAGCAAUAAAAUGAUCCAGAGUUAAUCUUGAAUGGUACCAUUAUUUACCAAUAGUAGAUUUUAAAAACAGCAAAAUAUCAUCUUAAAACAAAUUGAUCAUGGCAAAAACCUCAGCUGUGUAGGUAUCUGAUGCCUUCAUCUCUUUAGCCAUUUCAUAAAACAGAUGAACAACUCUUUGCUGAAUAAUACAAACAUUUUUAAGGAGCAGAAUGCCAAGCAGCUAAAAAUAGAGACAGUCUGAAUUAAGAAUUUGAUUUUCAUAACGGAUGUGACCUUUGGUUCAAGUAUUUUCUGGGAAAUCCUACAUUUGUGCCACUUUAAAAGUACUCACAAUUUUAUAUGUCAAUUUGCUUUACCCUGAAAGAACAUUUAGAUGGAUCUUAUAUAAGGAAGACAUUAAAGACAUUAAACGAGCUGUUGUUCUCCCCCAAUUUGGAAUCAUAUAUUUCAACAAAAUCUAAAACAAAUGAGCUUGCGGUAUAAUUAACCACAGGAGUAAAAUUAUGCAUAUUGUAAAAAAAAAAA